AUGAAAGCCCACUCACCCAUCACAACCGUCAACAUUCCUUCCACGACGUCUUCAGCCCAUACUCCUUCGAACAUACCUUUGCAAAGUCUACAUCUUCGUUCUCAGUCUUCUUCUUCCAAGGCAGUUGAGUAUAUCAGUGACAGGGGCAGUCGACGCUCCUCUGUGUCAUCCCCUCACUCCACUGGGCCUGAACCUUUCACCUGGACUGACAGUGGAGACCUGGCCGAACAACUUACAGAUGCCGAAGAUCCUCCUCGAAGCCGCCUCAUAAACUCUUUAGAUUGUGAGAGCUCUAAUCAAGCGAAGUCGAGUGUGCGGGUAGGGAAACAAAAGCGUGUUCGCUGCCCAGACCGGCCUGGCAUUGGCGAAGACGACAUUGAGAAGAUUGAGAUACCUUGUCCUCCGCUUCGGAAAAUCUCACGGGCAGAGCGCCUAUUAGCCACCAUAAUGUCCCCGAACGGUCAGCAGAACGCGCAGAUACAUGGCUUGGUGGGGAAACCAUUGCUAUACUUCACGAGUGUUUUUGUGUCUCUGGGCGUGUUCCUUUUUGGAUAUGACCAGGGUGUUAUGUCUGGAAUUAUAACAGGUUGGUAUUUCAAGGAUUAUUUUAACCAACCCUCGCGAGCUGCAAUCGGUACAGUCGUUGCAAUUCUUGAAGUUGGAGCCUUCAUAUCGUCCUUACUCGUCGGCCGAAUCGGAGACUUAAUAGGGCGUCGCAAAACGAUCCUAUAUGGCUCCAUAGUUUUUUUCAUAGGUGGAGCAUUGCAGGCCUUUGCUACGGGGUUGCCUAUGAUGAUGGCCGGUCGUAUAGUAGCAGGCUUGGGCGUCGGAGCAUUAUCGACAAUUGUGCCUGUCUAUCAAUCUGAGAUAUCGCCUCCGCACAGCCGCGGAAAACUAGCAUGUAUCGAGUUUACGGGAAAUAUCUCCGGAUACGCGGCCAGUGUCUGGGUGGAUUAUCUCUGUAGCUUUAUAGAUAGUAAUUACUCAUGGCGCAUACCGUUGCUGUGCCAGUGCAUCAUGGGUGCUCUCCUUGGUGUGGGAAGCCUCAUUAUUUGCGAAUCGCCAAGAUGGCUAUUGGACAACGACUAUGAUGAAGAGGGCAUGGUUGUCAUCGCAAACCUCUACGGAAGUGGGGACCUGCACAACGACAAAGCCAGACAAGAGUAUAGAGAGAUCAAGAUGAACGUUCUGCUCCAGAGACAAGAAGGUGAGCGAUCGUACAGUGACAUGUUCAAGCGUUACUACAAACGUGUCUUGAUAGCCAUGUCGGCACAAGCCUUGGCUCAGCUCAACGGUAUCAACGUUAUCUCAUAUUACGCCCCUCUUGUGUUCGAAUCGGCAGGAUGGGCUGGCCGUGACGCUAUCCUGAUGACUGGGAUUAACGCGAUCUCAUAUCUGGCCUCUACUGUUCCUCCAUGGUAUCUAGUGGAUCGCUGGGGAAGGCGACCCAUCCUACUCUCUGGCGCAGUUGCUAUGAUCAUUUCUCUUUCGUUGAUUUCAUACUUCAUAUAUAUCGAUGUUGUGGCCACACCGACCCUCACCGUCAUUCUUGUCAUGAUUUACAAUGCCGCGUUUGGUGCAUCGUGGGGUCCCAUACCAUGGCUCUACCCUCCGGAAAUCUUGCCCUUGAGUAUUCGUGCAAAGGGUGCAAGUCUCAGUACAGCCACAAACUGGGCUUUUAAUUGGCUUGUCGGAGAGGUCACACCUGUCCUUCAAGCUGCUAUUAAGUGGCGACUUUACCUUGUGCAUGCCUUCUUUUGUGCCUGCAGCUUUGUUCUAGUCUACUUCCUAUAUCCAGAGACAAGCGGGGUCCGCUUAGAGGACAUGAAUCUGCUAUUUGGGGAUGCGACUACUGCUAUGCCUACGCCAGCAACCCAGGGAGAGCGUGGCUCCCUUAUGAGUGCAGGCUCGCCUGUGCCCUCACUCGACAUCAGACGCCAGUAUGGCCAUCUAGGAGCAGAUAGUGCUAUUCCGGGAUUGGACAUUGACCCACCAAAUGUAAGUUCUACUGCAAACACUAAGCCUCCCAGGCCCGGUUUCCGGGAGGAUACUACUAGCCGACCCGAGGGCUUUGGUGGUUGGAUAUCGAAGAUGAUUACUCGACAUCACGGACCGAGAUUACCGGGACAGAACAGCCAAUAUAGACGUCUCGGGCAGGAGGAGAAUGAGUAG